CAGAUCGCAAAACAUCACAUUCGUCUGUCUGCGGUCAAACGUCGCGUACGCGUCGGCUGCUAAGCGAUUUAGCUGUUUUGAUUGUGCACUCUGAAGGAUUCAAUUCUGGUGAAAAAGGAAUAUUUUCCGGACGAAAAUAACUAGGGGAAUUCGAUUAUGUUUUGCUUUGAUAGUUUGCGAAUCUGAUUCCAGUCUGUUCUAGUGUGAAAGUGGUGCAGAAAAAUCGACUACUUCAGUGACCAUUGGAUCCGUGAAUGGGCGAAAAAAUGGCAACAAGGAAGAAAUAAGCAGGUUUUUAACAAAAACGAAUCUACUUGGCGACGAAAAAAAGUUUUCAAAUAAAUAAACCAAACUCAUUUUGAAAUAAGAACCAGAAAAGUUGUAGUUGCAGCAAAAAUUGUGGAUUAGGGUGUUGUGCAAAAUUGUCUCAUCCCAGGGAGAAAAUCUGCUUUUGGAUACCGAAUGUCGCGGCCAUCUUUCUCUAGACGCUGCGUACCUACGUGUGCAAUGUGAUUUGGUGUACUUGUAUCAUUGUGUUUGUAUUUGGCUUGAUGUGUGCGUAGUUUCUGGAAAAAAAUCCGUAGAACCUAUGUAGGCCAUCCUACAAUAUAAAAUUAAAAACAAAAAUAGAAGAACAGGAGGCACGUUAAUCGUGAAAGGUGAAAAAAUAAUUUCUAUAUGGUGCACAAACGAAAUUUGUGCCGUCUUGAUCCGUACUGUAUAUAGCUGCAUAUCGGUUCCUCAUAAGUGUUGUUCAAAAUUUGAAUUCCGAUCGGACUUUUACUGUGAAUUGGAUUACCGGAAGUCGCUCCGAAAAUGGCAUCACAAACGGUGACUGCUCCUCCAGCCGUCGGCAUGGAAACCGACGAUUUGGUAGAUCCGAUGAAUGAUUUCUUGCCGCUGCUGCCGGAGAACAUCAAGCAGGAGUUGUUUGAGAAUUCGGACAAGGGCAGUGCGAAUCCCUGCGACAGUGCUGAGAAUAAGGGUGACGCUCCGGAAACCGCCUCCAAUGACACACCGGUACCCACCAAGUGCGUCUGGUGUCAGCAGAUGCUGGCCACGGCCGACCAUCCGAAGCUGCUCGAGUGUCUGCACGUGUCAUGCGAUCCUUGCCUGAAGCAGAAAUUUUCCGAUCUGCCCCACAAUGCACCGGUGCUGUUUUGUCCGGUGUGCAAGAUGGAAUCCCGGAUGGAGUUCAUCAUUGACAAUGUGUUCCUAAGUGAAAACACCGCGGAUGACAAUCCGGGCAGCGUGGAGUCCACCAAGGAUAUGAUCAAAUGUAGCAGUUGCAGUGACGAUGCGAUUGCCACGUCCUGGUGCGUCGAGUGUGCCGAGUUUAUCUGUGAUAGCUGUGUGCAGGCACAUCAGCGGCUAAAAAUUACCAAGGAGCACACGAUCAAACCGAAGGAGGCCGCCUGCAGCGAAACUCCCGGCAGCAGUGGGCUGUCCGGGAAGAACAUCAUGUGUCACAUACAUUCACAGGAAAAACUCUCGCUCUACUGCGAAACAUGCGACCGGUUAACGUGUCGCGAUUGCCAGCUGGAAGACCACCGAGAUCACAAAUACAAGUUCGCAAACGAAAUUGCAAGUGAGACGCGAAAUUCCUUGCAGGCACUACUCAGUGAGAUUAGCUACAAAAAAGUGCUACUUUCCAGUGCGAUGAAGGUGAUCGACGACCGACAGGCGUUGAUCACCGAGAAAAAGAAAGAACUUUCCAAAGAAAUUGCCGAUCUGGUGGUCAAACUGACCAAUGCGGUAAACAUGCGGGGCAAGCAGCUCGUAUAUCGACUGAAUCAGGUCUGUGACACCAAACUCCAAGUACUGAAUGAGAAGAAAGACGCACUCCAGCAGCUCUCUGGCCACACCGAUCACUGUAUCGAGUUUGUGCAGGGUGCUUUGGACAAGGGCAGCGAUAGUGCGGUGUUAUACAGUAAAAAGACUCUAGCGAGGCAUUUGCAGAAGGUGAAAUGUCAACGUGCUGAUAUUCCUAAUCCGGAAAUACCGGUGCGAGUUCAGUUGUUCCUAUCGAACGUACCAGAGCUUCAAAAUGUUAUUGCUCGAAUCGGUACGAUUCUCGUGGAUGGUAAAGUUUACCCACCACCCCCGGGACCCCCCGGAAAUGGUGUCCCUCAAGGUCCAGGUGCAGUUCAGAAUCGCAACAAGCAACCAAGUCCAAACAUCACACCACCACUGCGACCAGGAAUGCCAGGCCCUGGUAUGACAACGCUCUCUUCCAAUAACGCCAACGGUCCUGGAGGAUUUCCUAAUGUUCCCCCAAUGUAUAACGGUAAUGCGGGAGUCCCAGUUGGAGCUCCAUUUCCACCUAAUCAUCCCAUGAACAGAUCGUUCCAACAAGAAAACGGACCCGGUGGAAGCUUCGGUCGGUUUCCUAUGGGACCACCACAUGGGAUGCCACCGCAGCAACAUGUCAGCUCCUCAACGCAUCCUCAGAAUAUGGAUUUACGUAAUCUUUUGAGUCAUCAAAAAACAAACGGACCAAGUCGCGGUUCGCCCAACGCUCCAAGUUCUGCCAGCAAUGCUAACGUUAAUAAUCAAUUUAACACAGCUAAUUUCAUGGGCAAUGUUCAACCUGGUUCCGGGGGUCCUGCUCAGCACCGAAUGCCCCCUCAGAUGGGAGGUGCACCUCCCGGUUACCUUAGUGGCCCUGGUGGGGGUCAUCAAAACUACAAUCAAGGUCAACCCGGCCCAAAUAGCAGCACUAUGGGCAUGGGUGCCAACAAUCCACGCUUCCAAAACUUCCAAAGAUUUGCAAUGCCUCCGGCUGCUAUGCGGCACAUGAUGGGUAAUAAUACCUCUACCCUUCUCACACCAAAGCAGCAGGCAGCGAUGCGUUAUCCAGGCCCACAAACGCCUCCCGGAUACAAUCCAAAUUCACCUCAACCCGGCCAAAUGCAACCUCAGCACCCUAGCAGUAACCCGGUAGUUAAUCCCGGUGGGGGUGGUGGUGCCAAGUGGCACAUCCCCCAGAACAUGCAAGGACAACAGAACAAUGGUUUUGGAGGCCCAUCCGGGUUGCACCUCUUUGGAAGUGGACCAAAUGAAUCGUUUAAGAUUCCGCUUAAAUCCCCCGACACGAUGCGUAACUCGAUGAUGAUGAACGGUAGUAAUGCUAGUGGAGGACCUGGAGGACCCAGUCCAAUGUCAAUCCAUCAUCAACAACAACAUCAACAAAAUCAUCACUUGCAUCAACUGCAAAACGCCCUGCCUAAUGUGAGCUCCACUAAUCCGAAAACUCCCUCCCCAAGUACGAAUGAGCCCGGUAAGGACUUUGUUGAAUCCAUCGAUAGAACAUGUGAAGACUCGGUGAACGAUCUAAUGGCCACUAUCGCCAAGCUGGAUUCAAAUGGUGUACAGGUGCUUCCAGAGGGCCAUCGGGGCAAAACGACUUCACCGCAGGUUCAUAGCUCGACCGAUCUCAAUACCAGUAUCUCAGUGGCUGGAGCGGGAGCCGGUGUGCUAGUCGACGAUAAAAGUCUUCCCAAGGAGCUUGACCCAAACGAGGACUGGUGCGCUGUUUGCAUGGACGGCGGUGAACUGAUGUGCUGUGAUAAGUGUCCCAAAGUGUUUCACCAGACGUGUCACAUACCGGUCAUCGAUUCGCUGCCGGACGAAAGCGAAACCUGGCAGUGUUUGCUGUGCUACAACUUUGCCGAUUUGCCACCGGUUACAGAACCGGCGGGCGAGAAGCGAAACGUUGGGAUCACCCCGCUCGAGCUGAAGAUUCUGCAGCGGAUUGUGCUGGAGCUGUUCUGUCAGUACGAAACCAGCAUGCCGUUCCGUCAUCUGGAACCGGACACGAACAAGGCGUACUAUGAUAUUGUCUGCAAUCCAAUUUCAUUGGCAGUGAUCCGUGACCGGCUGGAUAUGACUAACAAUGAGCAUUACACCGAUAUCCCAUCGUUUAUUUGCGACGUGAAACGGUUGUUUAGCAACGUGUACCUCUUCUAUCAGGAGGACAGCAUAAUCUUCAAGAGCGCUCAGAAACUGGAAAAGUUCUUCGAACAGCAACUUUCCAAAUGGCUACCAAAGUAUUUAGAGAGCGAAAACUUGGACGACUACCUGCAGAAUCCCGCCAAGCGGAUCAAGAGCAUCCAAGAGGAUUAACAGUCAAUUUCCGGCAGCUCUGAAGCGUCAAUCCUGCCGCGACGAUCCCAGCAACAAGAGCCACAAUACAAGCAUCAUCAUCAUCAGCAGCAACAACAACAACAACAACAGCAGCAGCAGUUUUUUCGUCAAGAAGAACUGCCCCAACAACAGCAGCCGCCCACUGGUUCCAGCAGUGAACCUACAAUCGAACCGAAAGGAGAAAGUAUCACUUCAGGUGCAGCCGGUGCCACCGAUACUGGGGGACCAAAAGACGGGCGAGAACAGCAACAGCAAGACGGGAGGCCUCGUUCAAGGAAGACAGAAGCGGAUACGCAAAAUACGAAUGGAAGUGGACUGGACAUUACUGCUAUUGCCACCGUCGCCGAAGCGGCGAAAGAAGCGGAAACCGGUGGUUAAACGCAAAAAUACUCCGACCUGCGGAGAAACUCCUCAACCAAAGCCGAAAAAGCGGCGGAAAAAAACAAGCACUGAGGGCGACAAAACGUAAUUAUGUAACUUUGAUGUGGAAUGCUAUGACGAGGGUGCGGGAUUCGGUUGGAAUCUGUGGAUGGAUUGAAUAGGUUUACGAGUUUGUUUUUCAAAAACAAAUAUUGUACAUAUUAAAAUUAGGAACAUUUGCUAAUAGAUUCACACGUUUGUGUGAAGAAAAGAGUAAGUGACAUAAUCCAAAAUGGUCGGAAUCUCAUUUGAACCAAUCAAAGAUUAAGAUGAUUACAUCUGAGCUGUUUUGCUGUUAUCCAGGAUUUUAGGCGGAACGAAAUUCAAUGCACAUAAGAAAUACAAAAUUCAGUUGAUGCUAUUGUAAAAAUCAAAUGCAAUCAAAAAACGAAAACGUUUGAUUGCCGGUUCUUUUUGUUGUGAAAAAAUACUGAUUUUUUAAUUGAAGGCCAGGACAACUUUUGACUGUUGAUAAUAUCUUGCUAUAUUGAUUAAUUCUAAUUCUCAAAUCAGAUUAUUUAUUUUAUCACUUACACAAUUAAGUAUCAUUUUAGGUAUACGCCCGAAAAUUUGAUUGAUAGUACUAUAUGAUAUCGCUUUCAUGGCAAAAUCUAGUGCAGAACAGAAAGUUUAGAGCACUUACUACAACUAGUUGUAAGGCCAAACAGGAGAAGACGAAACAGAUACGCAGUUAUUACUAUUAGUGGUUAGAAGUGAAAUCAAACAAAGCAAAUCGUAAAGUAUCACCGAUAGGCAAUGAUUGACUGGAAUGUUUUGAUUUUGUAGAAAGUAAAUCAGACCUUAGUCUUUACCUUUAAAGUAUCAAAUAAACAUCAGUCGAGUUUUCUUUCUAUUUCACAAUUUGUAAACAA